GCGGCGAAAAUCGCGAGCGGGGAAAUCGCGGCGCCGCAGAGAAUGGAGGGAUGGCUCGCGCCCGUGUCCGACGCGCUCGAGGAUCUGUUGUUUGCGAUUCAGGGGCAGUUGCAAGGGCUGGGGGUGCCGUACUCGACCGGGAACGCGAUCAUCAUCGUGACGAUUUUGGUCAAGUUUGUGACGUAUCCGCUCACGCGAGAUCAAGUCGUGAGCUCGCUGAAUAUGAAAAACUUGCAGCCACAGAUCGCGGCGAUUCGUGAGAAGUACGAGGACGACCAGGAGCGCAUGAAUAAGGAGAUCAAUCGCGUGUACGAGGAAAACGGGGUGAACCCGCUCGCGGGGUGCGGUCCGGCGUUGUUGACGUUUCCCGUGCUCGCCGGGUUGUAUCGCGCGUUCAACAACGCCGGCAUCGACGGCGCGUUUGACGAGGCUUGGUUUUUCUUACCUUCCCUCGCAGGUCCCACGGACGCGCGAGAUUUGAGUUGGCUGCUGCCGCUCGACUCGGAUUACGCGCCGCCGAUCGGUUGGGAGGAAGCGUCGCUGUAUUUGAUUUUCCCGGUGCUGACGACGAUUUCGCAAUUCGUGAGCAUGGAAGUGUUGAAACCGGAGGAGACUGAAAAGACGGAUGAGAUGAAGAAUCAGUCGGUGUUGCUCAAGUUGCUUCCGCUGUUCAUCGGCUACAUCUCCCUCACCGUUCCCGCCGGGUUAGCUCUGUACUGGUUCUGGAACAACGUAUUCACGACGGGGAUUCAGGUGUUUUUGCGCAACGGCGGCGCGAAGGCGACGGUGGAG